UGUUGUCCGUAUCGAGCAAACUCAGUUUUUUUCGUAACAAAAUACAAAGUAACGAAUUACAAAGUAACUGUAAAAAAUAAGUGUGACGUAAGCUGCGUUAAAUAUUGAAACCAUAAAAACUGUAUAGUAUUUGAUUUUUACACUUAACGUCAAACAACUUAAACUCGAUAGCAAAAUGCAAUCUAUAAUGUUAAGUGAAACUUUUCAAAUAAUACUGCGGAAAUUAUUAGGAAUUACUUGUUUCUUAUUAUUUGGUCCGUUUCUCGUCAUCAUACUAAUGUUUUUAUACAUCUAUCGUUGUUCGAUUGAAAUUAUCUUAAAAAUUCAACUUAAAGACAAAUUUGCCGGUAUAUUAGAAGGUUCAGACGCUUUCUGGUCUAUCGAAGACGUUUCGCUAUCUAUGGUCACUGUCGUGAUACUUUUGAAAAAACCCGCAGGAAGUACAAAUACAAUCUUUUUGAAGAAUGUUAGAAACUUCUUUAGUCACCUUUCGAAAACUAUCCCCACAGAGCUCAAAAAACUGUUCUACUAUAGAUAUCAGAAGUAUGGGUACUUUUAUUGGGAUAAAUCACACAAAUUUAAUCCAGAAACCGCGAUCCGAUGGCUGGAGUGCGAAAAUAAUACUUGCGAUGGAUCCUGUGAGAAUCUUUACAGCACAACUUUUCAAGAAAACUUAAGUUCUAUAUGCAACAGACCGUUGUAUGACAAUCACAAACCAAUGUGGGAGAUGCUCGUUGGCAGACGCUGUCCUAAAUCUUCAUCUUCCAUCGAAGAGGAUCCGAGCUUGUCUCUCGAAGAUCGUUUCAAUACUGAUAUCGAUGAAAUACCAAUAGUAUUUCGUUAUCAUCAUUCUCUUGGUGAUGGUGUAGCUUUUUCCAACCUGUUUAACAAAGUAAUUUUUGACGACGGCGUGAUAAAGGAACAUUCGUCAAUAAUGAACUUCAAGAACGACAUUUCGACAGCCAAAGAACAUCAUUUUAUAGAAAAACGAAGAACUUCCCUAAAAAGAAAAAUUAUUACAAACUUGAAAGAAGUAUAUACCAAAAUUAAAAAAAUCACAAAAACUAUAAUAAGUAUAUUCUUUGCAUUUGAAAUCUACAUGUCUCAACUUGUUCGUAGUGCCGAUAAAAGUGUUCUGCGUGGCCAGCCUUUAACAGGUGAAAAACUAUUGUUUUCCUAUAUGGAAAACGAUGCGAAUAACUCGCAGCUUUUUAUGAAAAUUAGAAAAAUAAAACAUUGUACAGGAGCAAACUUUAAUGACAUAAUACUUACAGCGUUUGCUGGCGGUCUAAUUAAAUUUUAUUCACGCAUACAAGAAAUAAUACCUGACUCAGUGUCGGUCGUCAUUCCAACUAGAAUGUCUGCGCCUGAUGAAAAACUAUUGCUGACCAAUAAGUUUUCGUCGCUUUCCAUCAAAUGUUGUUUUAUUGACGGAGACAAAAGAGAUAUAUCAACAUUAAACAAAAGCUCUCGAUUUUUUGAACGUCUCCAGAAAACUGCAUCAAUAAAUAACAGAAUUAGAAAUAGUUUUGAAGCACCGAUAAAUUUUUUCCUCAUGAAUCAUGUAUACGGACUUUUGCCAACAAGAGUUUUGAGGCUUUUUUCUGCAUAUUUUUGUAUAAUGGCAUAUAGUAAUUUAAAAGGAUCGCAAAGCAAAGUUCAUAUUUUAAAGCAUCCUAUGAGCAACGUGAUGUUGUCCAUACCACACAAAAGUACAACUGGAUUGGCAUUAACUCUAAUAUCGUACGCAGACAAAUUAACUUUGUGUUUAGCAGUUGAUAAAGCAAUAAUUGGAGAUAUGAUAUUAAUCAGAGAGAUAAUAGAAGAGACUGUACGUGAAAUAAAUUCUGCGUAUGAUA